AUGGGUGGUCCUCUCGACUUCCUCGUAAGCUUCUUCGAGACGUGGCGCGCGCAGACGGACAGCUUUACUGACGGGUUCCCAUCCAGCUUCGAUCAAAAUAACGCCUCGAAUAUCCAGACGAGCGCCCAAAUCGUCGAGGCCACGAAGAAGGCAUUGCAAUCAUGCCCCACCGAUCGAUAUCUGCUCGUCAACCAACCAGGCAUUUCCGCACUCGAUCUCCAGGCAUCCAAGGACUGUCGCAUGCCUCAUCUUUGCCAUGCAGUGGAGGACAAGAGCAUCUCCGGCAAGUUGAUGGCGUCCGAGGUCGUCGGGGAUGUCAAGCAUACGGGCCUCGAAGACUUCAUCAAGGAGGCUUGCGCCAAGAAGACGGGUGUUUCCGUUGAAGCCAUUGAGCUUUCCUCGCCUGCGAAGAACGACCGUGCCGGUUCCCUCGCCCAGAGCGGUAUGAUACGAUCAAUUGGUGAUAUUUGAAACUUGGUGCUGACCCAUUCAUAGACGCGGCUUUCGCUGCCAAACUUGAAGACCUGAAGAAUGACAAGAGUUACACUGUCAUCUUCUACUCUUCUGCCGUCGAGCCAGUGUAUGAGGCCGACUUCGCCGACCCUGCCCAUCUGGAGUUGAGGAGAAACGUCGAGAGCCCCGUCCUCCGACGUGAGAAGAAGACCUCUGGUCGGGACAACAGACCUCUAUUCGAAAAGUACCAAUUCUUCACACCAGGUCAGCGCUGCUCUGCCCCAUUCUUCAGUGUAAUGUCACUCGCUAACAACACCAAUAGGCAUCUUCAUGGGUCUCAUUGUUGUUAUUUUCCUUUUUGCCAUCUUGUAUGUUGGCGUCAGCGCUCUUGGUAGCCUCGAAGUCUCCUACGGCGCGUUCGAGAAGGACGUUAGCCCUGCUUCUCAGAAGAAACAGCAGUAA